AUGGCAGUGACGGGUGGAUCAGAUUCUGGGACGUCUGCCGCCUUGCUGCACCAGACAUGCUUCCUUGGGGCCUGGAGUUCUGUUUCAGCGCCUGUGGCCAGUGGACAGCCCUCUUGGAUUCUCAUUUGCACCAACAUGCCAGCAUUCAUGCAGUCGUUGGCAAAGCUGGACUGCAAUCAGUUGAGGGGAAUGUGCGAGGCAGCCCCUGAGAAGUGCUUCUCCUGUGAGCGAGACUUGCAGAAUUGGGGUGGUAGCAGAGGGAGGACCAGCUGUUUGGCACCACACCAUGAGCUGUAUUGGCACCGACUGCCCACGUCAGCUGGCCUUGGUUCCCAACCCCGUGUGUCUUCACUGCCUUCCACAAAACAGGGUGCUUGA